AGUCUCCCAACGUUUUCGCUUCCUCGACUAAACGGCAUCACCAGAAGUAAGGCGCUUGCGCUUCGAAUACGAAUCUACUGUACGCGUUUUGCCAUCAUGGCCAGUCACGGGUUUCCCACAGACGUCCAGGAGUUCGACGCGGACGAUCGCAUCUCCUUCUCGAGGUUGGACCAAAAAUUCAUUGCCGUCCACGAUGACGGAACCGAGUUCGAAUUCGACGCCGACCAGAAGGUCUGGCAGCCAUUGCAUGACGAUGACGACGAGAACGGUGCGAACAACAUCCCGGCAUCCGUAGAAGAUGCGCGCAGCGAUCACAGCGCAGGCGCGAAGAGACGGCACGACGACACAGAAUCCAAUGGACAACAGGAACCAUCCAAGCCCAAUAGACCCAACAAAAAGCAAAAGGCGCCGCCUCAGCCUCGACAAAACACGGCAGUCUACGUCAGAGGUCUUCCACUUGACGCAACCAUUGACGAGAUACACGAGAUGUUUUCCCGAAAAGGAGGAGUUAUUGCGGAAGAGAUUGACAGCGGCGCACCAAGAAUCAAAAUGUACUCGGACGACAAUGGCAACUUCAAGGGCGACGCGCUGGUCGUAUUCUUCAAGCCCCAAAGUGUACAAAUGGCAGUGAUGCUGCUCGACGACACAGACUUUCGAAUCACCCCCACUGGUACUCGAGAGGGAAGAAUAUCGGUAGAAGAAGCUGACUCAAGCUAUAAAAAGAUGAAUUACAACCAAGAAAACGGCGACGCGCAGCCAGAUAAGGCCGCCGCACAAGCAAAGAAACAAAGCAACAGCGAUAGACAAAAGAUUAUCAAGAAGACACAAAAGAUGGCAGCGAAAUUGGCCGACUGGGAUGAUGAUGAACCACCACCACCACCGGGAAUGAACUCGAAAAAGGACAAAACGGUUGUUCUGGUUCACAUGUUUACGUUGCAAGAGCUGGAAGAGGACCCGGCGGCGCUGUUGGAGAUCAAGGAAGACAUCCGCGACGAAUGCUCGAAACUGGGCGCCGUCACGAGUGUGGUGCUAUAUGAUGAGGAAGAAGAUGGUAUCGUCACUGUCAAGUUUCAAGAUUCUGAAUCAGCUUUGGCGUGUAUCAAGACUAUGCAUGGACGAGCGUUUGACGGGCGAACUGUCGAAGCCUCGCUUGCCACCGGAAAGGAAAAGUUUAGAAAGUCAAAGGACAACAAGGAUGAUGACUCUGAAUAGACGUGAAGAUCUUCUUCUCUUUUACAUUGUUACUUGGAUUUAUGAUUUUGUUUUGUUUAGGAGAAUUGCAGGCUAGAGCUGAGAUAGGAUACUCAAGAUCAAUGUACUAUAGUGGUGUAUAACAAAACAGACAAGCAGCUAGCGGUUUGCUGAUUAUUCAAUUAUCUUCAUAAUCACAGACCCUGUCCAAAUCCACGAAUAAAAAUAUAACUUGACUUGAUUCGUCAUCAGUAUCCGCCGUUGGGCACCAUGCCUGCUAUGCGCU